AUGGUGAAAAUCGACACCUUUGCAGUGGAACAGUGGAUGGAUAAGUAUGAACUCACCGCCAAGUACAACACCGCCGAGACCUGCGCUGCAUCCAUCUCCAUCGACGACCUCAGAGCACUGUCCGAAGACAAGACCUCCGAUCCUUUGGGCCAGCUCCAAUCGACCAAACUUACCUAUGGUGCGAUUCGUGGCUCCGACAAGCUCCGACAGACUUUGGCAAACCUAUACUCUGCGAAAACCCCCACACCCUUGCCCAAGGACAAUGUCUUGAUUUCAGCGGGAGCUAUCCAGGCCAACUUCCUGGCCCUGUACACUCUGUGCGGACCGGGAGACCAUGUCAUCUGCCACUACCCUACAUAUCAGCAGCUCUACUCUGUGCCUGUCUCAUUGGGUGCGGAAGUCAGUUUGUGGAAGUCAAAGGAAGCCAACGGCUGGCAGCUCGAUAUUGAAGAGCUGAAGGGGAUGAUUCGCCCGAAUACCAAGUUGAUCAUUAUCAAUAACCCCCAAAAUCCCACCGGAGCCAUCAUUCCCCGCAAGACACUCGAGGAACUGAUCGACCUUGCCAGAGAAUCCUCCCUUACCCUCUUCGCCGACGAAGUGUACAGACCUCUCUUCCACAGUAUCAGCCCCGCAGACCCACAAUUCCCUCCGUCACUCCUGUCCUUCUGCUAUGAGCACACCGUGGUAACGGGAUCGACUUCCAAAGCAUACAGCCUGGCGGGUCUCCGCGUGGGCUGGAUUGCAUCUCGGAGCAAGUCAAUCAUCGAGGCUUGCGCCAAAUCUCGCCAUUAUACCACCAUUUCUGUCGGCCAGAUUGAUGAUGCGAUUGCCAGCUAUGCACUGGCGCCUGAAUGCAUCCAUAAUCUGCUGAAGCGAAACCUUGAGCUGGCGCGAACCAAUCUCGCGAUUCUGGAGAAGUUCAUCGAAUCGCACCGGUGGGCUUGUGAAUGGGUUAAGCCCCGGGCUGGUACGACUGCCUUUGUACGCUUUAUGAAGAUGGGGAAGCCGAUCAACGAUGUCACUUUCUGUGAGAUGCUUCUGGAGCGAACGGGCGUGAUGUUUGUACCGGGCAGCCUCUGCUUCGGAGGUGGAGAAGAGUUCCAGGGUUACGUGCGCAUUGGAUUCGUCUGUGAGACCGAGGUUCUGGAGAAGGGUCUGGAGGCCUUGCGGACCUUUAUGGAAGAUGAUUAUGAGGAGGUCCCCGCGCUGAAAAAGGCCAAGGUGCCGCAAUAG